UGGAGUAAUUCAUUUUUAUCACAAAACUGAAGUCUGUCAGAGUUAAGAAAAAAUACGGUGAUAAAAUUAUAUAAGGGAAAUGCGGAAAACAUACACUGGCAACAAUAUGUAAAAUUUCAACCGGGAGGGACCUCAUGGUUAAACUAAUGAUAUUAUCUAGCAAUGCUCAAAUGGGUUUCACCAUCUCUUACCUCUUUUCCCGUUGCAGCUUAUAUCGAAACCUUUAAUCGACCUGCUUGUUAUUCACUUCUGGUGCACGCCCUUCUGUGUUCCGUUUCUGGUGCUAUUCUUAAUCAAAUGACUGCUCGGUAUCCACCGGAUGCAAGCUUAUCAUGCGCCCUUAUUAUUUCCUUUUUGAGAAUUUGCAUAAAAUACUAGUUCAAAAAUUCCAGGGAUGUUCGUUGCAGGGUCCAAUGAGAAACAA